AUGGCUGAAAUAAAUUCUAAUAGAAUCGAAUCAUCUUUAGAUCAACAACGAAUAUUAAUUACUGGUGUUUCAGGAUUAAUAGGAAGAAUUUUAUUUAAUUAUUUAACUACAAAGUAUCAAGUCUUUGGACUGGAUCAACAUACAAAUAUAUCGCCAAAGUAUCAGUUAGAAUACCGUGAUCCUAUUGAAGCCAAACCAAUCUUACCACUUCCAUUAGAUAAAUUCUUUCAAUGUGAUAUUACUGAUCGAAUAAAAUUGCAUAAAAUUAUUCAAGAACAAAAAAUUGAAAUUAUUAUUCAUCUAGCAGCUAUAGGUGAGACUGAUCCUGAUAUUGAAAAGAUUUCACGUGUUAAUAUUGAAGGAACAAAAAAUGUCUUUGAAGCACCGGGUGUUCGACGUAUUAUAUAUGCGAGUUCAGUCAUGACAGUUUUUGGUUAUCUUACUCGUGAACCAUAUCUUUCAAUUAUGAAUGACACUUUUGAUGAUACAACGAUGUUAAAAGAUCUUCGAAAGCUUACUAUUGCAGAUGAUUCGCCUUUACCGGAUCUUCAAACACCAGGAAACAUAGCAUAUAGUCAAAGUAAAAUUAUUGGUGAACAAAUGGCUACUGAUAUAGUUAAGAAUAGUUCCAAAUCUAUUAUUUGUGCUCGUUUUGGAUGGGUUAAUGUAUAUGAUCAACCUGGAACAACGUGGGCUCGAACUGUAUGGUUUAGUCAUCGUGAUGUUUGUUUGUUUAUUGAUAAGGCAUUACAAGCUCCUCUAUAUAUUAGUGGGACAUAUUUUGCUAUGUCGAAUAAUCAUCGUCUUUGGGUCGAUUUAGAUGAUGCAAAACGAGACUUUGGCUUUGUACCACAAGAUGCAGCUGAAAAACUAUAA